AUGCCUUGGAUUACUGUGUCACGAAAUCCGUGGACUGACGAACUCGAGGUGAUGUCAGAUCCGCCCGCUUCGGGCGGUGGGCCGAAGUUCCGCAUUGUAGCGGGAAGAGGGCUCGGUGAACGGCCAUCACCGGGAACAUCCGUCGGUUCACCAUUGACUCAAGAAAUGAAGCCAGCUUCGAUGAUGACAUCAACUAUGCACAUGCAGCAUCAACAGCAUCCACAACCAAUGCAACAACAGCAAAUGACUAUGCAAGGAACAACUUCUGGUUCUGUUUCUUCCGGUGUUGUGGUGCAAAUGAGCCAACCUCAGACUUCUCAGUCUAACACCCCUCAGCCACUGCCAACUAGUGAUAGUCAGGGAAUGGUAACAAAAUGUGUUCGUUUCUUCAAGACUCUGAUACAGCUAUCGCAACAACCCGAACAGCAGCAACCGUCACAGAAUCCUCAACAAACUGCUCACCUUGUAAAGGAACUUGUUAGUGAACAUGGCUUCCGACAACAUAUUCACGACACGAAGUGGCAAAGUUUUUCCGGUAUGCAAGACACCCCGGAAGCGGAGAGUACAAAGAGAAGCUCUCAACUGGUUGACCGCUCGCAGGUAAUCGUUGCAGGACCCACUGUGAGGCUGGCUUGCAUACAUAUAUGGAAAGACUUUGCUGGUGUGUAUCGCGAACAUGUGCUCGGAAGUCAUACAUUGGUAUUCGGACAAAUGCCUGCAGAAGAGUUCACAACCAGACUGCAAAGUGCCUUAAAAUCACAAGCACAGCCUCAUCUACUUCCAUUUCUACACAAAACGCUUCCUUACCUCCGUGCUGCAAUGAGGAGUGGUGAAGUGACGAUCGAAGGUGUUGUGCCACCUCCUGGUAUGAUGGUGCCACCUGCGCAACAGAUUGAAGCCGCCUCACCUCAACAACAGGUUCAUAUGCAAAUGCAACAUCAACAGCACAUUAUGACUGCUCAACAGCAACCUUCAUCUCAACCAGCACCUCAGCACAUUCAUUCACAACCGAUACAGGUGCAAGUAGUACAGCAACAACCACAACAACAACAGCAACAACAACAACAUUACCAGAUGCAUGAAGCGCCUGCUCAGAUGGAACAUCAGCAGAUACAGAUGCAUCCGCAUCCACAAAUGGGAAUGCAGCAGCCUCAGCAAAUUGUACAUCAACAUUCUCAACAUCAACAAAUGCCUAUGGUAUCACAACAAAUGCCAAUCGGUCAUCAACAACACGCACAGCAAAUUCCACCUGAGCAACGUCAAGCCACUUCGCAGGGGAUGAUGUAUGCUCCAACAUCUGGUGCUGUUAACGUGGUGUCCGUACCUAUUCAAGAACACAACGAGCAGGUGACUCAAAUGGAUAGAACUGAUUCCACCGCUGCUGUAGAGCCCAUGGACGAUACGCCUGCGCAACAUCCAGAAGAAGAGAUGAUACAAGUUCGCCAGUUGCAAGAGGGAGCGUUGGAGAGCGCGCUUUUACGGCCGCCUGAUAUUAUGAGCCGAAUUACUCAGUGUAUGAACGAGAUGUGUUACGUGGAUGAAGAGGUUCUUGUCUUGAUAUCUGAUGCGGCCGAAUGCCGCUUACGUGAGAUCAUAGGGGAACUUGCUAUUUUGGCUGAACAUCGAAUGGAACCCUUGAGGCUAAAUCCUAAUUAUGGUCCUAUUGAUGACACACGACGUCAGUUGCGAUUCCUUGAAGAUAUCGAUAGACAACAAGAGGAACAACGGGAAAACCGUGAAAAAGAGGCUCUUAUUCGAAUGAGUAAAAGUAAAGGCAUCGCAAAGGAUACUAUUGAACGAGCUAAGGAGAUGCAACGUGCGGAUGCAGAAGCCAAGCGAAAUCGUGACGCAAAUGCUGCUGCGAUAGCUGCUUUGAGCAGUGGUAGCAAAGUUGCUCGUCCAAAGUAG